GAGGGCUCGGGACUAGUGUUCGGGGGACGACCCUCCUCGCGUCCCCAGACGCAGCAGAUGUGGCAAAAACCCUCUCUUUGUUCGGGCCGCGGGGGGGGGCGGAAUGGCCCUGUGGUGCCCCAGGGGGCGGCUCCGGGGGACGAAGGUGGGGGCCGGCGGGAGGGAGGGAGGAGUGCCGCGGGGCGGGGCGCAGCGCCGAGAGGAGCCGCCCCCCCUCUCCGCCCUCCCGCUCCGCUCCGCGCCCGCCGACGGUGCCGGUGCCGGUGGCGGUGCCGCCCGCUCCCGCCGCCCCCUGCCCGGAGCGGGCCGGCCCGGCGGCACCAUGGCCGGGCAGGAGUGGGAUUGGUUCCAGCGCGAGGAGCUGAUCGGGCACAUCAGCGACAUCCGAGUGCAGAACCUCCAAGUGGAACGGGAAAAUGUGCAGAAGAGGACCUUUACCAGAUGGAUAAACCUACAUUUGGGAAAGUGCAAACCUCCUCUGAAAGUGAGAGAUUUGUUCAUGGAUAUACAAGAUGGCAAAAUCUUGAUGGCACUACUGGAAGUCCUGUCAGGACAGAAGCUGAUGCAUGAAUACAAAUCUUCAACCCAUCGCAUUUUUCGUUUGAACAACAUAGCCAAAGCACUUAAGUUCCUGGAGGACAGUAAUGUAAAGCUUGUUAGCAUUGAUGCAGCAGAAAUAGCAGAUGGAAAUUCCUCUCUGGUACUUGGACUAAUAUGGAAUAUAAUAUUGUUUUUUCAGAUUAAAGAGCUGACAGGCAACCUCAACAGGAACUCCUCCUCGUCCAGCCUCUCAUCUGGACCCAGUGGGCCAGAGUCAGACACAUCAUACCCCAGCACUCCUAACAUAGAAAGAAGCAUGUCUGUCACAGUGAAGGACCAGCGAAAAGCCAUCAGAGCCCUUUUAUUCUGGGUUCAGAGGAAAACCAGAAAAUACGGUGUUGCAGUUCAGGACUUUGCCAGCAGCUGGAGGAGCGGCCUUGCCUUCUUAGCUAUCAUAAAAGCAAUAGACUCCACUUUGGUAAACAUGAAGCAUGCAUUGGAAAAAUCAGCUCGAGAAAACUUGGAGGAUGCUUUUAGCAUUGCACAAAACAAGCUGGGUGUUCCUAGGCUUCUAGAGCCAGAAGAUAUAAUGGUGGAAUCCCCAGAUGAGCAGUCCAUUGUGACCUAUGUGGCCCAGUUCCUUGAACACUUCCCAGAGCUGGAGGGAGAAGACUUUACAGAUCCUGAGAAGGAGCUUCCAAUUGAAUCUACGUAUGUUCACAUCAAAGACACGCCUUCAGAAAAGGAAAGCAAAAUCUUGAUUUUAAGGGAAAGUGACAAAAAUAUGUACACUGUUAAUCAUGAAAGGAGUCACCCUGCUCCUCCAAAGGUUCAUAUUCAUGAUACCCCUGAGAGAAUUCUGUCAGAAACUGUUCCUGAAGCAUGUAAUGGCAAAUUGAGUCAAGUGUUAGAUGAUUCUCAGGAAAUCUCUGAAGGUGAGCCACGAAGGCCUACUUCACUGAAAAUUACAGGAUCUGUCAGUUAUGAAUCAAAUUCCUCCUGGGAAGUUCUUAGUGAUAAGUUGAUGCCAGGUGAUGGUGACAUAUCUGAUGAUCCACUGAAACAGAGUGAUGACCUUUCUCCAGCUGUUCUGACAGAUCAGAAAAAUUCUGUUGACUCUUUUGAAGACUACUCUGAAGAAUUAACAAAAGAAACCUAUACUGAAUAUGACAAUGAAACAAAGAGCCUUUCAGCCAAUACUUCUUCUUUAAGUCCAUUGUCUUGGACUUCAGGUAUACUUACAGAUGAAUCUAUAAAUAAAGUAGAAGAGAGCAAUUCCCAAAAUUCAAUUAUUUUACCAGAAGUUACCUCUAAACAAGAAGAUACGCAUAAGUAUGUUCUUCAUCUUUUAAAUGAGGAUGUACUGAAACAGCCAGAAAAUGAACAUACAAAGCAAUCGCCUGUUUUGGAGACAACAGAAAAUAACCAUUGUUCAUUGAAUGGUUCUAAUCUCAAAAGCCGAGAAAUAUCUACACUGCUAGAAACAUCUGAUGACUCUCUCUCAGAUGUGCCCAAUAAUGGAGAAGACUCAGACAGUUGUGAUGAAGAUGAGUCUUCAGCAGAAGUGCUACUCAGUUCUUCAAAAGUGUCUGUAAUCCCCCAUGAUCUCUUCUAUUAUCCACAUUAUAACGUUCCCAUAUCAGCAGUUUUGGAUGCUUAUGUUGAGCCUUGUCUUGAAAGACAUGAUGCUGAAAAUGACAAAUAUUUUUCUGAAACAGUAACAGAUAUAUUACAUGAGAAAGGGAUACCGGCACAGGACUACAAGGAGGAUGCUCCAGAGCCAGGCUUAGGGAAUAAUCAUGAUGUCCCUUCAUUGGAAGUAGGUACUGAGAAUGGAGAGGAGGAGACAAUAAAUAUAAACGGCCAUAGCAGUUCUUUCUAUGAAAAAGAAGUGCCAUUACUAAUAGGAGAGAUAGAAAUUGAAAUAGACAGCCAAAAAGCCACCGGCAAUGAAGAUUCCAUAAUUCUGCAGCACCCUGAGGCCAUAGGAGACAAUCUAGUUGACUUUGCAACAAUGGGAAUAAGACUGGAAGAAAGUAGUAAUGGGAAGGAAAAAAAGGAGAAUAUGAUGGAAGCAGAAGACUUACAGAUCACAGAAGUUGGGCAUACUACACUGUUAGACGAACUGGAAGAAAUUGCUAAUAGCCAGGAGUUGACCAGAACUUGUGGCAAUGAUUCCAACAUUUUUCUCCGAAAAAGGUUUCCUGAUACUUCUGAGAUGGAAACCUCUGGUAAAAAGGAUCAGAAGAUGACAGAAAUGGGUGAAAAUCUAUUGAUCGCUGGGAUGAAAAAGGAUGUGGAAACACGUGAGACUGCAGCACCUCCUUGCCAGACUCCAAGCGCUGAGCAAUCAGAGCUACUGUACUUCAUCAUUUUCCUCUGGGUGCUUGUCUACUGCCUUUUAGUCCUUCCACAGCUUUUUAGCUUCAAAGUGUGAUCUCUGUGAGGUGUGUAAAAAUAAAAGACGGUGGCUUGA